GCUUUAAAUAUGGCGCUCCCCUUGGCACAGUAUUAAUUAUCUUUAGUAUUAUGAAUUCCUCUAACCUUAUUGAAUGUCGUUUAUUAAUUCAUUAGGUAAUAGCUGGUAUUAUACUAGUCAUCAUGUUCCUAACAAUAAAAAAUAAAUGAAGAGUAUUCUUUUAUUGCUUCAUACAAAUUGAGACAUGACAAGUAUAUUAUAAAAAAUAACUCGAAUACUAGUAUAUUUUAUAGAAUUAAAUAACGAAUAGAAUAAUAUUUUACGAAAAUGUCUAUACUGAGGGCUGUGUUAUUUAAACAUAUUAAUUAUUCAAAAUGUUCAAGGGAUUCCUUGUUAUUAUUUUUAUCGAAACAAAAGGACAAACCUUUUGAUCUAGCAAAACGAAAAUUUAACAGUGGUAUCAAAGAGACUGUAAAAAAUGACAAUAGUGGAUUAAAAAAUUUCUCAACAAUUUUAAAAUUUGGUUCAGGUGGUUUAAGUAGUAUUGUAUUAACAUGCAUGAUAAAGUGUCAUACUUCUGCUGUUGAAGGCAAAACACCUAAAAUUUCGGAAAAUAUUACAAAAGAUAAUAAAGAAUUGACUUUGAAAUGGAAAAAGUUUUUAGAAUAUUUGUAUCCAUAUCUUUGGCAAUUAUUGAUAGCUUUGUCAAGUGCAAUGGUUGUUGCUGUAUUAAAUAUUUGGAUACCACAACAUGUGGGACAUGUUAUAAACAUAUUAACAAAAAUCUGUCAAACCAAAGGGGAAGAUAGCUUAAAAACUGUGCUAUUACAAUUGACAGAACCUGCACUUGCAUUAGCACGUAUGUAUGUUGCACAAGCACUUUUUACCUUUGUAUAUAUUUAUAUGCUUUCACAUGUGGGAGAAAGAAUAGCUAUGAAUUUAAAGAAAGAUGUAUUUAAAUCAAUUAUAAUGCAAGACAUCACGUUCUUUGAUAAGAAUCGUAGUGGUGAAAUAGUAAGUCGAUUAACCAGUGAUAUUCAAGACUUUAAAAGUACCUUUAAAAUAUGUAUAUCACAAGGCUUAAGAAGCACCACGCAAAUUAUUGGUUGCAUAGUUUCUGUGAUAGGGAUUUCACCACAAUUGACUGCAGCUACAGUGUUAUCUUUGCCUACCAUAAUUCUUAUUGGUACAUUGCUUGGAAGAGGUUUAAGAAAAUUAUCUAUAGAGGCACAGAAUCAACUUGCUAAAUCUGCAGAUGUUUGUGAGGAAGCCAUACAAAAUAUUAGAACGGUGAAAGCAUUUUCAGCCGAAGAAAAAGAGAUAGAAAUGUUCUGUAAAGAAACUACAUUAGGAGCUGCAUUAUAUGAAAAAUUAGGUUUGGGAAUUGCUUUGUUCCAAGGGGGGACAAAUCUAUUUCUCAAUAGUAUCUUACUUUGUACUUUAUAUUUUGGUGGACAUUUAAUGUCUACUGGGCAAUUAUCUCCAGGAGAUUUAAUGGCGUUUUUAAUGGCCACGCAAACUAUACAAAAAUCUUUAUCUCAAUUAUCAUUGUUAUUUGGAUCAUAUGUUAGAGGUGUUAGUGCUGGUGCUAGAGUUUUUGAGUAUCUAGAAAUGCCACCAUCAUAUCAGAUGAUUAAUGGAGAAGUUAUUACAGACCAAUCCCUAGCAGGAAAUAUCACGUUUAAAGACGUAGAAUUUAGCUAUCCUACUCGUCAAGAUCACAUUAUUUUAAAGAAUUUUAGCUUACACAUUCCUGCUGGGAAAACAGUAGCUAUCGUUGGUUCUAGCGGCAAUGGAAAAUCAACGAUAGCUGCCUUGUUAGAAAGAUUUUAUGACAUUAAUAAUGGCUCAAUUACAAUUGAUGGUAAAGACUUAAGAUCGCUCAAUGCUAGUUACCUCCGAGGUAACGUUCUAGGGUAUAUAAAUCAAGAACCUAUUUUAUUUGCCACUAGUAUUAUGGAAAAUAUACGAUAUGGAAAGCCGGAUGCUACAGAUGAAGAUGUCAUUGAAGUUGCUAAAGAAGCAAAUGCUCAUGAAUUUAUUAUGAAUUUUCCGAGUAAGUACGAUACGCAAGUAGGAGAAAGGGGAGCGCAACUUUCCGGUGGACAAAAGCAACGUAUUGCAAUCGCAAGAGCUUUAUUAAAAAGACCUUCUAUUUUAAUCUUAGACGAAGCUACAAGUGCGUUAGAUUAUGAAAGUGAACGAAUUGUACAGAAAGCGCUAGACAAUGUUACUCAAGGAAGAACAGUCGUAGUAAUCGCUCACAGAUUAAGCACGAUUAAAAAUGCUGACAUUAUUGUUGUAUUGCAGCGAGGAGUAAUCACGGAAAUGGGUACACAUACAGAAUUAAUUAAAAAGAAAGGCUUAUAUUACACUUUAGUAAACGAACAAGACAAAGUUAAUGCAUAAUAUUAAUGAAACUCUAAAUCAUAAUACAAUUUCUAAAAUAUUUAUUUUGGAAUAAUAGGAAUAUUAUUUAAGGACGUUGUAUGAACUACCUCCGAUUCUAAUAUAUACAUACACGCUUAAAUAUAUAUAAUUUAUAUUUUCAAA